CAUAGAGACGGGCUACCUUUGCUUAUGUUGAUGCACUUUAUAGCAUUUGCAAAGAAAACCGCAAGCAUCAAGGUUUUUAAAAGGCCAUUUGAAAAACGGCAUCGGAGGGGAUCUUGAUAUGUUCCCACGGGGUUUACUGUUACUUGUUUGAUUUUGAGUGAAAUGGGGUGCCCGUGUGUGUAGCUGGUGAGAUGGAAUAUGAUGAGAGACUUGCACGCUUUCGACAAGGCCACCUCAACCCCUUCGACAGAGGAGAGGAGGAGGGUACAAAAGAGGACAAAGGUACCCCUCAGCAUGAGGUGAGGCCUGAGGUGUUCUCCACUGAAACCAAAACCCAGAGCGUGGAUCGAGCCAUGGACCUGGGCCUGGCAGAGGAUCACUUCUCACGACCUGUGGGUUCCUUUGUGGCGUCUGACAUUGAGCAGCUGAAGCAGGCGAUUGAGGAGUGCAAGCGACUGAUCCUGGAACUGCCUGAACACUCUGAGAGACAGAAGGACACUGUGGUCAAACUCAUCCACCUCCGGCUCAAACUGCAGGAACUGAAGGACCCUGAGGAAGAUGAGCCCAAUCUGAGAGUCCUGCUGGAGCAUCGCUUCUCUAAGGAGAAGAGUAAGAGUGUGAAGCAGACCUGUGACAAGUGCAGUACCAUCAUCUGGGGCCUCAUUCAGACGUGGUACACCUGCACAGGCUGUUACUACCGUUGCCAUAGCAAAUGCAUGAACCUCAUCACCAAGCCCUGCGUGAGAUCAAAGGUCAGCCACCAGUCUGAAUAUGAGCUGAACAUCUGCCCUGAGAUUGGGCUGGACAGACAGGAUUACCGGUGUGCAGAGUGUCGGGCGCCUGUGUCACUGCGAGGUGUUCCCAGUGAGGCCAGGCAGUGUGACUACACUGGGCAAUACUACUGCAGCACCUGCCACUGGAAUGACACGGCUGUCAUCCCUGCACGUGUCAUCCACAACUGGGAGUUUGAACCCAGGAAGGUGUGCCGCUCCUCCAUGCGUUACCUGACCCUUAUGUUGUCCAGGCCGGUUCUCAAGCUGCGUGAGAUCAACCCCCUGCUGUUCAACUUUGUGGAGGAGCUGGUAGAGAUCCGGAAACUGCGUCAGGACAUCCUACUGAUGAAACCCUAUUUCAUCACCUGUAAGGAGGCCAUGGAGGCAAGGCUGCUGCUGCAGCUCCAAGACCGGCAGCAUUUUGUGGAGAACGACGACAUGUACUCCCUGCAGGACCUGAUUGACAUCUCCAGUGGCCGUCUUAGCUGUUCCCUCACUGAGAUCCACACCACCUUUGCCAAGCACAUCAAACUGGACUGUGAGAGAUGCCAGGCAAAAGGUUUUGUAUGUGAACUGUGUAAAGAGGGAGAUGUGCUCUUCCCCUUUGAUAGCCACACCUCCGUGUGCCAUGACUGCUCUGCUGUCUUCCACAGGGACUGCUAUUAUGACAACUCCACUACUUGUCCACGAUGUACUAGAAUGACAGAACGGAAAAAUGAGCCAGCCACCCCCGAGGUGGCUUAACUUUACAUGUUUUUUUUUUCAACCCCAUCACUGUGACAACUGGUGGAAGAAGACAGGAUAACUUCCUUAUAUUGUGUGCAACAUAAUAUGUGCAACAGACUGGUAUUUUGAAAUUACCAUUGUCACAUUUUUAUCUUGGUCUCUCGUUAUUUGACUCAUCCUAUAAGCAUGUCACCAGUAUGUGUUUAGUACACUACAUCUAAGUGAGGCAUAUUAUAUAUUACCAGAAAAGGCAAUUGGAAACCGUGUUGUUCAUGAACCUCAAGUAGCUAGCAGCUCUAUUGAUAUUUCGGUUGUAGUAGUUCUUAAUUAACUAACGAGUGUAGCAGAAGAAACACCACUCACAACGCUAACUUAACUGACAUUAUGUACAAGAAUAUACUUGUUAUUAAUGAGGUGUAAUGCAAUCCUAAUAUAUAGCAUGAAAAGCCUGUUAAAAGAAGGAUUUACAGUAUCAUCCUAACUGUGGUAUCCAUCAAUGUGCAGCUUUUUCUAAUACCAUUCAAUACACUUAAGCAUCGAUGUGGUUUAUUUUUAAAGUAAAAAGCUGUCAUUCUGUCAUUUUUUUCUGUAAAUCUUGGAUGUAUUGUAAAAAAAACAGUUGUCAGCGUUUUAGAUAAACAUGCACGACAUUCCUCGGUUUAUUUACUCUAUAAAUGUUCUCAGGCAUUUAACAACUUAAGGCGUGUGCGAUGAGCAUAUUCCCUCGAUAAAGCACACUUGUUUUGGUGAAGACCUGCGGGUGACAUGCUAUGUCUUAUUGUACAAGAUGUGGGCAUCGUGAUGUUGUAUUAAUUAUUUGUUUUAAAAUAAUAUUUGUAUUUGCUGCGUUGUUUCAGCAUGGAAUCCUUUGUUGAAUCAAUGAAAAUAUUAUCUUUAAUUUUCUGA